GGUGGUGGUAACCUUCCCUGCCUCCUCCUGCCGAGCUCUCCGAUGCAGACAGCGAGCUGGGGAGGGGGCUUCACCGAAGCCCUGAAGGGUUCUAGCUUAUUCCUAUAACCCCAAUGAUGGCUGUGGACAUAGAGUAUAGAUACGGCUGCAUGGCCCCUUCGCUACACAGAGAGAGGUUCACCUUCAAGACCUCACCGAAGCCAAGCAAGCCUCUGAGGCCUUGUAUUCAGUUGAGUCGCAAGAAUGAAGCCAGUGGAAUGGUGGCCCCAACCAUCCAGGAGAAGAAGGUGAAAAAGCGGGUGUCCUUUGCAGACAACCAAGGCCUGGCCCUGACAAUGGUCAAAGUGUUCUCAGAAUUUGAUGACCCGCUAGAUAUUCCAUUUAACAUCACUGAGCUGCUAGACAACAUUGUGAGUCUGACGACAGCAGAGAGCGAGAGCUUUGUUUUGGAUUUUUCACAGCCUUCGGCAGAUUACUUAGACUUCAGAAAUCGGCUUCAGACCGACCGCGUUUGCCUUGAAAACUGUGUGCUGAAGGACAAAGCCAUUGCAGGCACCGUGAAGGUGCAGAACCUCGCCUUUGAGAAGAUGGUGAAAAUAAGAAUGACAUUUGACACUUGGAAAAGCUUCACAGACUUUCCCUGUCACUAUGUGAAGGACACUUACGCUGGUUCAGACAGGGACACGUUCUCCUUUGACAUCGGCUUACCUGAGAAAAUCCAGUCCUAUGAACGAAUGGAGUUUGCUGUCUGCUAUGAGUGCAAUGGACAGACGUACUGGGACAGCAACAAAGGGAAGAACUACAGGAUCAUCCGGGCUGAACUGAAAUCCUCUCAGGGAACAGUUGAGCCACAGAAUGGAGCAGAUUUUGGCAUAUCCUUUGACCAAUUUGGAAGCCCUCGCUGUUCUUACGGUCUGUUUCCAGAGUGGCCUAGUUAUUUAGGAUAUGAAAAGCUGGGACCCUACUAUUAGUGACUGCAUUGGGGAAGUGUGACAAGUCCAUGCAGAAAAGCCUUGCUGCUGUCACAGUGGGAUGGAGACAGAAGCUGAGAGGAAAGUUGAACUGCCAUUAGGCACCGUUUUUGAAAGGAAAGGAUCCUUUUCACUUUUUUCUUCAACCAGCGCAUCCAGCCAAGUCCAGAUCACAGACCCGGCUUCCCACCAGGAGAGGAUGCGGUAUGCUGGGCUGUUGGGCACCGUGGCAACCAAGAGGGUCCAGGCAGGAUGGUGACGGGAGGGGUUUGGACAACACCCAGGCCUGUGGGCAGUGGCUGGAGGGUGGUGACU